AUGUCGGAUUGCGAAGCAGGCGCUUUGUCCAUCCGCCCCGCCCUCCGAGGCCGCUCUGCCCACCCACAGCCGAUCCGAGGGCGCGGAGGCCGGAUGGCAGCGUCGCGGCCCUGCCCGGACGGGCCCUGCUGUUCCCACCUCAGUGCGGUGUCCGGCGUGCAGCAGACGCUGGAGGAGAUGGACUUCGAGAGGGGAAUCUGGUCAGCAGCCCUGAAUGGAGACCUGGGCCGGGUGAAAUAUUUAAUCCAGAAGGCAACGGACCCUAGUCAGCCUGACUCUGCUGGCUACACUGCUCUGCACUAUGCCAGCCGCAAUGGGCACUAUGCUGUGUGCCAGUUUCUGCUGGAAAGUGGAGCUAAGUGUGAUGCCCAAACCCAUGGGGGAACCACUGCUCUCCACCGGGCUAGCUACUGUGGGCACACUGAAAUUGCACGGCUGCUGCUUUCACAUGGGUCCAACCCCAGGUUGGUAGAUGAUGACGGCAUGACCAGUCUUCAUAAGGCUGCAGAAAAGGGUCACAUGGACAUUUGCUGCCUCCUGUUGCAACACAGCCCAGCCCUGAAGGCUGUCCGGGACCGGAAGGCACGGCUAGCAUGUGACCUGCUGCCCUUCAACAGUGACCUGCGGAACCUUCUGGCCAGCUGAGUCGCCACUCUCCUAUCUGGGCUGCCCUUGAAGGGAACACAGACUAGCUCUCCAAGCCCACCUUGGUCAGCGUCCAUGCUGCAGGGCGGGAAGCUCUGGCUGGAGGACACAGAAGAGCCCAGCUGGGCUGCUGUGGAGGCUAGGGAGUAGAUUUGGUGGCACUGGAGGUAUUUCCUACAGAUGAGCAUAUUCUAAAUGAGUUCAUCUAUCCAUUCAGAAAAAAACAAAUAAAGUUGUGUCCUUAUCCUA